AUGGCCUCUUUUAUUAAUAUUAAUUCUGAUACUGACGAUUCCUUUGAGGAAAUUGAUUUUAAUGAAAUUAAUGAACAAAGUGACGAUGAUAUUGAAGAAAUUGCUUACUUUACCAAAAAUUUAACUGCACGGCAUAUUCAAUUUUCAGCUGUUUCUGUUGAAUAUCCGCCUACUGAUCCUGAAGGUUACGCAGUUAUAUAUAACUUUAUUGACAAUGAAAAUUAUUCUGAAGAGCAAUGUAAAGAUGAUAUUCAAAUUCAAAAAUUAAUGAGAGACAAAGCUCGAGUUGUAUUUCGUGAU